AGAGAGAGAUAUUGAUGAUCCAAACACGUGGUCUUAAGUCUAGCGGGAAAAUCGAAAACAGAAUCUUCUUCCCUCCCAAAUUCAUCUACGACUUCGGAUAUUUACAGUUUUGUUUUAACCCUUUGAACGUUAUACUUUUUUUUUUAACCAAGAUCCCCAAAUCCACACUAGAAACCCUAGAUUCUCUACUCUAGGUCUGAUCUCUCCAAAUUCGAAUUCCUAAACUGACGAAUGGACGAAUCAGACGGGGUUGCUGCGGCGGUGAUCCAGACUCCACGGAGGAACGUCCGUCGGAAGCUGGUUCAGUCGACGCUGCUCCCGCAUAGAUCGGAGGAUUUGAUCGGUUCUAACGGAGAUCGGACGUGCGACGACGUCGGAGAGAGAGAGGAAGGAGGCGAAGGUGGUUUCUGUAGUAGUGAAGGUAAGAAGACGAGAAAGCAGAGGACUCCGAAGACGAACGGAGCUUCCAAGAAGGACGCAAUUGAGUCAACUGGAGAUCGAACAUGCGACGACGACGCCGGGGAGAAAGAGGAAGGAGAUGGUGGUUUCUGUAGCAGCCAAGGGAAGAAGACGAGGAAGCAGAGGACUCCGAAGAAGAACGGAGCUUCCAACAAGAUGGCUAAAGGAAAGUCGCCCCGUAAAUCAACGCCUAAGAAGAAUGCAGCUAAGAAUAACGGGAAUGUAGCUGGUGAUGAUGAUCACACUAAUGUCGCACCUUUAGUAGUUCCCAAUUUGCGUCUCGAAGCAAAACUAAGAGCUGAGGAAGAUUCGCGGAUGUCUGCUGGGAAGCAACUACAUCCCUUUUUCUCGUCUUGGAAAGGAGGUAAAAAGAAUCAAGAAGCAGCUGCGGCAGCAGCAGCAGAGAAUGGUGGUUGUCAGGAGCAAGUAAAAGAUAAAAUUGUCACCAUGGGCCCUGUCCAUGUAUUUGAGAGGUUUGAGGAUGUAAAUCGGACCAUUGAUUGGAAGAACUGGACUUUCAUUGACCAACCUUCCACCACUCGGAGUCCUCAUCAACCAAUGAAAUCCGGCUCUCUUACACACCGGCUCAAGGAAUUUGAUCUAAAUGAACCGCCGGCUCUUUCACAUCCUGACGUGUGCAUCAUCGAUGAUGAGGAGCCCGGAAAAUGUGCUAGUCAAGCUGAUAGUAUCACAGAGGUAUCUCCGGUGGUCUUAAUAUCAUAUCAGGAGGAGAAACACGGGUACCUUGGCUCAUCAGACAGAGAAGAAGUGGCGGAUUGUGAAGCUCAUGAAGCUGUUAACUUGUCUAAUCGUGUUGGUGAUGCAGCAGAAGUUUCUCAUGAGCUGCAAAGCAUAUCAUGUCGAGAAAGUGGCCAGCCUCGUAAUAGCUUAUGGGCAGAUAAGUACCAGCCAAGAAGUGCCUCUGAGGUAUGUGGUAAUGCUGAAUCUGUGAAGCUAAUGAAUGAAUGGCUGGGCCAAUGGCAUGAGAGAGGCUUUCAGCCAAGCAAAGAUUUUUUGAGCAGUGAUGAGGAGAAAUCGCAAGAUGCUGAUUACAACUGUUCUGAAAGUGAUUCUGACUCGGAAAAUAUUGGUGCCGAAGACCGCCUGAAAAAUGUUCUGCUAAUCGUUGGUCCAGUUGGGAGUGGGAAAUCUGCAGCUGUUCAUGCAUGUGCUAAGGAGCAAGGGUUUAAAAUCCUUGAGUCUAAUGCAUCAGAAUGCCGAAGUGGAGCAGUUGUUAGGCAGAAAUUUGGGGAGGCUCUCAAGUCAUAUAGCCUGUCAAGGUCACUGGAGCCUCUUUUCAAUGGGGUAGAGGAUGUGAUUGAAGUGGCACCUGUAUUGCAUAUCCAGAAUGACAAAUCUAACUUGAAACCUUUAAUUCUUUUUGAGGACGUAGAUAUUUCCUUUGCUGAAGAUCGUGGUCUCGUUUCUGCUAUCCAGCAGAUUGCUGAGAAAGCAAAAGGGCCUGUGGUAUUGACUGCCAAUGACAAGAAUCAUGGUUUACCAGACAACUUGGAGAGGAUAGAAGUUUGCUUUUCUUUGCCAUCAACAGAAGAGCUGUUUAGCCACCUUUCUUCGGUUUGUGCUGUAGAGGAAGUCAAAGUUAGUCCUGGUUCACUAGAGCAAUUGACCAUCUUUUGUGGUGGUGAUAUACGGAAAGCUAUGAUGCAAUUACAGUUUUGGUUUCAGAGUAAAUCCAAAAGAGCCAGAAAGGCGAAGAACACCGCUGAUCCAUAUAGCUUUGACCAUGAAGCUGGCCACGUGCUGCUUCCCAAGAUGAUUACCCGGGAUUUUCCUUCUCAGUUAUCUCAGUAUGUGGAGAGUGAGAUCGCUAAAUCAUUAUCCAUGGCGGAAGAAAGUUACAACACAGUUGAAAUAUUUGUUGAAGAGGUUGAGAACGAAAAAAUGCUCAACAGAUACUGGUGGCAAGGUGCAGAAAAGAACAGCAUAGAAGCCAAGAAAGCAGCCAUGUUAAGGAGGCAGAACGAUGAUGAUGAAUUAGAAGACGUCUUGAGUGGUCCGUUUGAACUUAGCAAUGCUUCCUACCAAGCACCGUCUUCCUCUCGGCCAAACAGAAGGAGGAAGCUCAAUGUUGUGAUGUCCUCUGAUUCAGAAGAUGAACCGGUGAGGGAAACAGCCCCACUAGCAGCUGAUCCUUCAGUUCCUUAUCAGUACGAGACAUCAAAACUCUCUUGCGUUGAUGAGGUGUCCCAGUCAGUUGAUAUAUCAUGCGUACCAGAAUCAUCAUAUGUUCCAGAAACUUUAAUGGAUAGUGAAGCUGAUCUGUCGCCAAGAGCAGUAUCUUGUGGUCACUUUGAUGGAAGAGCAGAAGUGUCCAUGAGUGAGGACGUUGUACAGAACUCCCCAUCAAGAGAGAUAUACAUAGACAGCUUUAAGAAUACGUGUGAGACCAUUGCAGAAUCUUCUGAUGGGACAAUGAUGGAAGAUUGUUUUAAGGAAUAUGUAGGGAGUUCCCAAAAGAUGCAACAAGUAACAGAUGAAUGCAGCCGUAUAGAUUUCGGUAUGAAACUCAAGACUGCUACUAAACAACCGAAGCUUGAAACGGUGCAAGAAUCAUGGAACAAACUCUGUUCGAGACAUGCUGAUCUGAAGCCAUACUUGGAUUCAGAACCUGUAGAAGUUCCACAAGUUCUUGAUCUCACUCAUCAGAUAACCAAUUUAAUUUCAGAAGCUGACCUGACGCGUUCUAGAUUCCUGAACCUUGUUGCUAUGGAGCCAAUGAUGACAGUUUCUGGAGAUCUUGACACGUCUGGUUAUGUGCUUGAACAGAUGACUUCCACUGUGGCACAGCAAGGGUUUAGAUUUUACACGAACCAAAUCGCUUCAACAGGAUCCUUCCCCACUCCAUCAGCCACCAUCGUACCAGGUGGAGGAUUGGUAGUAGACGAGAGAAAACAGGAUUAUACAUGGAGCAGUGGAAGCUGCUUGGAUAUGAAACCAGAAACACAUAUAGACGUAUUAAAAUGUGAGCAAAUGGUACAGCUUUCCAGCAUAUUAGAGUCAGUAGUCCCUCUGAGAUCAUUGAGGGGAGGAGCUUUCCAUGAAUAUGCUUCAUACAUAGGGAAGAUUUCAAGAGCUAAUCCCUCUAAUUUAUCUGGAGCCAUGGAGAAUAGCAGACGGCGAAGGUCAAGAGAAUCUCGACAUUAUCUGUCAAUGGAUCUUUCCUCGGAAGAUAUUGCAUUCUUGGGUCAACAAAACACAUACAGAAGAGAAGAGAUGAAUAACUGAACCAGUUCAGUUGUAUAGAAAUCAGAAAAGCUCCACACUUCAGAGAGUUUUAAACAUGUUUGAUUAGAGCUUUAGGCAUACCUUAUUGCAUAGUUUCUUCAUUUACAAUAUAUACCCAUAGAAAAUUAAAAAAAAAAAAGAGAAACAGCAAUUGUUGUAUACUUGUAUUUGAUAAAUUAAAGAUUCUACAUAUGAUAUAAUAGAAUACUUACCAGAUUAAAAA